AUGGAGCCACUGUGCAUGCACUCGAGCACAGAUACUAUGGCGAAAGCAUAGACACCAGGAAAUCCAAAUCCAAAUCUCAGAUAUUUGUCUUCAUUGCAAAUGUUGUAUGACAUGGCAGACUACAUACAAAGCGUCAAUUACCACACAAACAAUAGUGGACCAUGGAUUGCCUUUGGAGGCUCUUACGCAGGCAACUUAGCUGCAUGGGCGCGGCAACUUUUCCCCGAAUUAAUAAUUGGAGCGGUUGGUUCAUCUGCCCCAGUGGAAGCUAAAUUGGAUUUCUAUGGUUAGUU